AUGGCCUGUUUUGCAAUUCGGUGGGAUACGCCAGUCGUGCAUUUCACAGCACUGGCAAAGGCAACAUUAAAAACAAUUGAAGCCUUCCGGUGUCCAUCUUGCCCACAAGCUCUGACCACCACAUCAAAUCCCUUGGCACUAUGUAUACCCGGUCUCCCUCCAUCACUGCUGAUCCCUGGAUUACCACUGUUUACCCCAUCAGGCCACCACCAACUCCUCCUCCCUUGCCUCAGCACCGCCAGACAAAACUUACCACAUCCUGGUCCAGAUGCUGGACCAUCUUUUUCUACCCACAAUAAGGUUAAAGGUCCAGCUCCUCAACCUGAACCCUAUCCUGCUCUUGCAAUGGGUACUAAGGGGAGACCCCAGACAUGGGGAGCACCUUAUUGGAAACCCGUGGUCUUACUAGUACUGGCACACCUAGUUUCAGAAUGCUGUCCUCUUGAGACUCUUCAGCUCAUCUUUUGGACGGUCAAGGUCUUGAACUGCCAGCAGUUCCUGUUGCUAUUCCUCACUUGUUUGAAAAUCUUCCUGCUCCUUCACAAGAUUUCAUACCUCCCUUGA